AUGGAUGCCUACGGUAUUUUCCUUGGAGGCUUUCAUAUCGAUGCCCAGACCUUCGAGGCCCUCUUCGGGAUGAUCGUGGUUAUGGUGAUGCUUCGGCUGGAGCUUUUCAGGCGGGCGGUCAAUGGACGUCCGGGUGAAGCAGCUCCGUCAGCCGACAAGUACAAGAAACUGCUGCGAGAGUGCGCACCAGAGGCGAUUGGAACUCUCGCAUGCAUUCUGCUGGUGAUUGCCUUGCGAUCCCGCGGCGACACCAUUGGAGAGUCAAUGGACGAGCGCUCCCGAGAGGCUUGGGAAGCCAUAAAAGCACAGUGGCCGGUGCUGAUGACGGCAGACACGCUGCUGGCCCUGCAGGUGAUGUUGCGGCUGAUCGUCGUGCUCUCGGCCGUGCUACGAUCAGGAAAUGGGAAGACCUCGCCUUUGUUGGAGGAAUGUGCCUUGUUGUGGUUCGGGGGAGCUGCUGCGAGAUCAGCCGUCUUGAUGCACAGCAAGGCCUAUUGGCUUGAAGGACCUGUCGGCGGAAUGAUUCCCACAAUUUUGGAGGUUAUGCUGGCACCGUUGCUGUUCCUUCUGGGCAAGCAAGCGCUGCGCCGAUCGACAUUGACCAUGACGGUGGUCACGGUGUUGGUGGGCAUCUUUGCGCAGCGGAACAACAUUCAUUUGGCCGAGGAGCAGGAAGCCAACCUGCUCUUCACUGCCGCGCACAGCUUUGAGCUGUUAUCAGCAGUGCUCUACCUUGGCCGAACACUUCUAGCCGACAAUGACAGUCCUGAUUUUGAGUUUUCUUUGACAUUUACGCAUUUUGUUAUGGUUGUGCAGCAAAGUCUGGCUGUGUACUUCUGGCUCCAGGCAUUCGAGCCGGACACCGUGAGUGGGACUGGGCUGGGAAUUGCCGCAAUACAGCUGAGCUGCCUUGGCCAGCUUUGUGCGUACCUGGCAGCCGCCUCCCUGCAUAUAGCAACUUGGUUCGUGGACGAAGCAAAUCAGCCAAUUCAUGCGCAUUUGUAG